AUGCGCGCAACUUCCAUCAGCACUUCCGUCGAGAUCGGCCUCCGCUUCGUCGGACUCUGGCCGGAUUUGCCGUACGGGACCAUCACUUGGUUCGCGUACAUGACGAGCCUGGUGUUCGCGCUGUACUUUCAGUACGCGUACAUCUUCGGCCACUUCGACGUGAACGACAUCUCGAAUCUCAUCGAUGCGCUCAGCAUCACGUUGGCUUACAGCCUCGGCUGCCUGAAGCUGAUCUCCCUCUGGUCGAAUCGCAGGCUAUUUUAUGAUAUCCUGCUAGCGAUGGAAGAAGAUUGGAGCAACGUCAAAAUUUUCGACAAAUCGGUAUCGUACAUCAUGGCGAGCAAUGCCGAGCUGUCGCGCCGUUGCUCGAACGUGCUGAUCAGCAUCAACGCCAUGUCCGCAAUUUGCUACUCCAUGACCAAUCUUUUGCGAUACUCGGUCGACUUUAAGGAUGAUCUAAACAUUAGUUCGAGAGUGCUGCCUAUAAAGAUGGAAUUCCCCUUCGAAGUCGACGCGUCUCCCCUCUUCGAGCUUUUAGCGCUCGGUCAGGUUCUUCAUGUAGUGUCGAUCGCCGCUUUAGUCGCUAUGAUGAAUUGCUUGAUCAUCACGCUGGUACUUCACGUGAGCGGACAGAUCGAUAUUCUUCGUCGGCAAUUACUGACAAUUUGCGGCAACGGAACUGUGCAGCGCGAUUCAAUCGUCGCAAGUGUCAGGCUUCUGAUUAUCCGGCACCAAAGAAUAAUAACGCUCUCGGACAAUAUCGAGGAACUCUAUUCCGACAUCGCGCUGAUGCAGUUCUUAUCGAAUACCGUCGUCAUCUGUUGCAUCGGCUUCACCAUCAUAGGCUAUCAACACGCGAUCGUGCGCUUCGGCGUGGACGACCUAACACUCCUCAUGGACGUACUGAGCAUGAAUUUAGCUUACACCCUUGUGCUUAUUAAAAUGCUUUUUUUGGCGUUCAAUUCUCGAUUACAAAUCGUCAGGGUUGAGUAG